UCUAUAUUCUUUAGGAGAAAUAUCACAGAGGUUUGUUAUGGUUAAAGCCCGACAGCAAAAUGAGUAGAUGUUCUCCACAUUCUCUGCUCUAUUUGACUGUGGAUUUUAUUGCUAUCAACUACAAAAAAGUUUGUUUUGUGAAAAAGAAACAAGAAGGAUGUAAUUUCGAUAUUUCUUGGCUUGGAUGGUCGCAUUAUGAAUCUUACCGGUUGCCAUUGCCCGUCAGUGAAUUACUGUUGCAAAGAUUUUUAUUCCACUUUCGUUUGACUACUUCAAUGGAUUUUUUAACGCUAUUUACCGACCCAAGUUCUUGUCCUUUGAGAAAAUUUUCUCUUGCAAACGUGUAUUUUAAAUAUUUGUGUAACUCCAAUUAUCUUAAGUUUGUUCUUCCAAUGAUCAUAAAAUCGCAAAAAUUGGUAGAACUGAACAUCGGAGCAGAAAAUUGCCAUCUUCUAGCUGAUAUGGAAACGUUUACUUCGAAUUGUGCUUCUUUAAAAUACUUGAGUAUUUUUGGAUUCUACGCUAGUCAUGUUUCAGCAAAGCGGUUAUGUUUAUCGAAACAUCAGAUUUUCAAGAAUCCCACUUUUCCAAGAAUCUUUCAAAAUUUGCACUACCUCAGUUUGUGUAACUGCAGCUAUAUAGGCGAUGACGAGAUAAUCAUUAUAACAGCUGAAAUGAAAAACUUGAAUAGCUUGGAUCUUUCUAAAACAAAAGUUGCUAACACAAUUUCAUUUAAAAAUAUUUACAAGCAACUGAAGAUGCUUGUUCUCCAUGAUACACCACUUGUUUAUAAUGAUCUUACAGGCUUAUUGGAAUUUUCUAAUUUACAACAUCUCGACAUUUCACAUAGUCUACAAGUUUCACAGUUGUAUGAUGAAAAUGAUGAAGUUGUUGAUGGUGAUGAUUAUUUGCACACAUUUUUCACUUCAGGAAAAAGUUUACCAUUUUUGAAAAUGCUGGAUAUUUCUGGGAAUAAGAUUUCUGAUAUAAAAGCAUUUCAGGGUUUUCUUCAAAGACACGAAAAGCUUAGUUUUCUUGGUCUCCUUGGUAUCAUAGACAGAAUAGAAACAAAGAUUAUUGGGAACCUUGAGGUUACUGGAGAAAAUACCCUGUCUGGAGUGUUUGCUAGUCUUUACCAUUACCAAAAUAGACCAGACUAUUUGACUAGAGCACUGAAACAUUUGUUUUGCCUGGCAGAAAAUGACAGUAUCAACAAAGAUGUUCGUUUUAGAAAGAAAUUGGUUGAAAUUGUGCUCAUUGUAAUAGGGAAAUACACAUACUUAAGCAAAGAGUGUGUUCAGUUAGAAGAAUUACAAACAGCUGCCAGUGCUUGUCUCCAUCAUCUUAUUAAGUUUGAUAAAGAGAAUGACUUGAAUUCUCUUCAUAUAAGCAUCUUAAAUGAUUUGGUGAAGGUUGUCAUGGAGAUAUUGCAUAUUUUUUCUGCUAAGCAGAUACAACGUAAUUGUGUUAUUGUUUUAUAUAACCAAUACAUUCUAAGCUGCGCUAAAUUUGAUGCUCAUCGUUUGUCCAAGCUCUUGUUCAAAGCAAUUUGCUCUCUUCCUCAAGAGCAAGUCACGAGUAUUGCAUUAGACAUGUGUGCUUACCUUUCAUCUAAGAUAACCAUGGACGAGACAUUAAAUCUUGGAACUUCGGAAAACGUCGAGACUCUUCUACGGAUUAUAAAUUCUCAAGUUUUAGAAACUACGGACGGUCCUCUGUUGCAGUGCUCAUUGCGUGUUUUGUGGAAUCUUACUGGUACAUAAAUCUUACCGUCACAAUUCAGGGGCGGAUCCAGGAUUUUCAAUUCCUUAGUCGGAAGGGCGUGGUCGAACAAAAUUUUAAUAAAUGGGCGUGGUCGCAUUAGCUAAAAAUUCUGCUAACGCAACAUUGUUAAUAUGAUGAAUUAUAAGGACUGUUUCACCCUAUAUCAGAGCUCAUCAGCAUGCCUAGGAAAUGGCACCCUCACCACGUGAAAAUGCAAUUCCGACAUGGACAGCCUCAACGUAAUGAGAAGCCUUAAACAAAAAGAGAGCAGUCUGGUUUUAAGGCGCCAGAUACUCGCCUUUCACACCUUUGCAACAAAGCAACAGGAGUUUGAUUAGAAAAGCGACAAUGUGGGACAUUUCAAAGAUGUAAAAUUGCUCAGUUUUCUACAUCAUCCCUGUCAUUCUAAUCCUUUAACCUCGCCCCAAGAAUAUGCACACACAUAAUCUGAAUCUAAUGGUUAUUUUGCCGAGCUAAACAGAAAAGUAACACAAACCACCGCUAAAGAAAACGUCGAAACGCUGACCUAAACAUUCAAUUUCCAUAAAUUUUGACGAUACUCCAAGCUCAAACUGAUUUCUUUUAUAAAAAGGUAUUGUUUAGGAAAAGAUAUGCUAUUGACUGGUGACACAGUUAACUUAUUAAUUCCUUUGAGAGCAUGACUCCAAAUGUCAGUAACCCUGUUAAUGAUGAAGUUAAAUAUUUGGUCUUUCAUAAGGUCAAUUGUUCCUUCACAAGUAUCACAAUUAGACAAAGUUGUUGUUAUUCCCAGAUCAAAACGCAUAUGCAUUAAUUAAGACCUUACAAAGGUGAAUAUUUCUUGUAUGUUAGGUAACUUCAUCAAAACGCGCAUCAUAUAUAUUUUAAGAUGUAGAUCGCCAGGGUUAGUAUAGUCCUUAGAAGGACUGUUGGUGUUGAUGUUGACUGACGUUUCGACAACCUUAGUGGUGGUCAUUUUAAAAGUCUAGUGACAGAAGAUGUUGUAUAUUUGUACCAUUUUCACAGAGAUACAAAAGCAAUUGUGCUGUGUAUGACACACAUAAA